AUGAACGAUAUAACAGACGAUCCUCUUGACUUUGCUUCAACACUUGAUGAUCGUUUUAUUAAAACUGGUCAAGAUGAAGGUCAUCACUAUGGUUAUCAACGUGGGUUUCGUCAAGGUUUCUGUCGUGGUCUUGAUUAUGCUCUUGAAAAUCAUCGUGAAAUUGCUAUUAUAGCUGCUUAUUGUGCGCAAUUACUAGGACAACUUAAUUCAACAAAUGAUUCCAAUCCUCGACAACGACGUUUAUUAAAUGGUAUUACGGAAUCGUGUCGUGAAUUCCGAACACUUCUUCCAGAUGCACCACGAUAUGCUGAAUUACUGGCUUCCAUAAGAGCUCGUCAUCAACAUUUAACUGGUGCUGGUAACAAUACGAUAGAAGCAUCGAAUUUAAAUUUUUAG